UGCUCUAAACAGAUUACGUUACACCCGGAAGUUGUGGUUUCAUCAGUCAGGUAAAUUUAGCUAUUUUUUUUGCCCAGGAUAUGAUUCAAAUGAGCAUUUAUAACUGACUACACACCACGACGUCUGAAGGAUUUGGUGGACGAAUACCAACGAUGAAGGGAUUGCUUCAAAUCGUUUUGCUUUUCCUCUCUGUAGCUCACAUCAGAAGUUGGAAUGACGCUCCAGGUAGUGUUUUGCUCCGAGACGUGCAGGUACUCACCCUGUAUAAGGGCAAGUACACCACUGCCAGACGCAGUAGCCCUGUACCUCAGCUGCAGUGUGUUGGAGGCUCAGCCGGCUGUGGAUCCUUCAUUCCUGAAGUGGUUCAAUGCAAAAACAAAGGCUGGGACGGAGUCGACGCACAGUGGGAGUGCAAAACGGACAUGGACAACGCCUACAAAUUUGGACGGAUAGAGGUCAGCUGUGAGGGAUUCAACCAUCCAGAUGACGCCUACAUACUGAAGGGCUCGUGUGGACUGGAGUACUCACUGGAGCUGACUGAGGAAGGCCAUAGGAGGCACAAGGGGGGCUCACACGGCUCAACAGGUGGCUUCAGUGACUUCGCUUCCAGCUUCUUCAAGGGUUCCUCAGACAAUAACAACCAGCAUCACCAUAGCAACAACAGACAACAGAGUUCUACAGGGGAGGGAGAUUCCAGCGGGUUGUUGGUAGUCGCUCUGCUCUUGUUUCUGGCCUAUGGUGUGUACAAGCUUUUCCUGAGUGGACCGACGAAUCUAGGACAAAACGGGCAGUUCCCUGAUAACGGCUCCAAUACCCACAAUCCCAAUGGGCCACCACCUCCUGGAUUCAAGCCAGACUUCACAGGUUCCUCUUCAGGUUACCCAGGUGCUUCCGGGUUCCCAGGUGCUUCUGGGUUCCCUGGUUCUGCUGGAGGAUAUGCUGGUUCUGCUGGCUACGGUGCCAACCCUGGGUACGGGUUCCGCAGUGACUACAGCGGACAGCAGCAGCAGCACUUUGCAGGAGCAGGGGCCCGUGCUGCUGGAGGAACAGGGAAUGGAUUCUGGACUGGGAUGGGGACUGGAGGAGUCCUCGGUUAUCUGUUUGGGAGCCAAAGACGCCAGACGCCGUACACAAACACCCACUCAAACUACUCUGCGCCCAGGACACCACCGACCCCAGCCCCUAGCACCGGAACACGCGCUGCUUCAGGCUUUGGAGGUACCAAGAGAAGAUAGAUGGGCAGGAGGCCAUUGGCAGCUUUCCAUGAUGUCAGAAGAACAGCAAGUGAUGUCAUCAGGGAUCUGGGACAAGCAUAGGUGACGGUCUGUACUUAAAUUGGUGUGGUUGAUGUGGAAUUGUGAAUAUCACACUGAUUGAUAUGUCAAGAAAGAUUGGAAUGACUCAAGAACUCUUAAAUGUUCAGUCUGCGGGAUAGGACUGUAUAAUUGUUUUAGAAAAUAAUACCACUAACAGUUGAUACCUUACCCGUAUGGUCCUUAAAACCAUAGGAACAUUUGCAGUUUAACUUGUUUUAUUUUGCGUUUGAAUUUAAUGCAAAUUAUAUUUCCUUUUUUUAAAUCUGUGAAUUUCUAAAAUUCCUUCAGAAGGAAUUAUGUAUAUGCAUUUUUUCUGGUUUAUUCAUCAGAUUGCUGUGAAUGUGUUCUUCAGUGGCAGUGUAAUACCAGUACAGUCACAUUUUGUUGCUAUUGAAAUUGUAGGAUUGCUGAAUUUCUCAGCUGGUCGUAUGUAUAAGGCUUUUCUUUCUCGUAUAAAAACAAACAAAACAGAAAA